AUGCAACACUAUGUUGGGCCUGUGCCUGAUGGCCUUCAAGCAGUAGCACAGUACAGGGAACUUAAGACUGAACAGUGGUCCAUGAGAGUUUCCACAGGUGAUUAUCUAAAGGCAAGGGACAAAUUGAAGGCCUCACUGACAUGUAACACGUCAGAGUUGCAAACAGAUGACGAGGAGGAAGUGAUUACAAAAAGAAAGGUUAAGCCAAGGGUCAUCUUUGGAGAUACAGACUCUGAGUCUGAAGACAGGGAGCCAGAGAGGGCUAAAAAGAGGAGAAACAUCAGUCUCUCUCAGACUCCAUUGCCUCCUAUUCCACCCCCUACUCCUGAUGUACCCAAUAGCCACCAAUACACUGAAUCGUCUCGCUUUGCAGCUGCUCAGCUGCACAUCCUGACAUUGCUGGAGCACAUUAAGGAACAACAAAUGCAGCUUGCCACUGCAGUGAACAACCUUGCGGCAAGAAUGGGGACCGAAACUCCUGUGGCUGAAAUGCCUCAUGAAAUCAGUCUCCCACUGGCUACCAUGCCUGAGGUUGAGGAUCUGGAGCAGUGGUUGAGAAAUCCAGCAAACGCCCGUGGGAAACAGAACAUGAUUUCUGCAUUGGGUGCUGUGGGAGGUGAAAACCUCAAGAAGGUGAUAUGGAAUAUCCUCUCCAGGCUGUUUGCCAAUGAGAGUGCAAAGGCAAUGAACUGGAAGGGGAUGAAUGGGAAGAGGUCCUUUAAAGAAAUGCAGGCGAGAACCCUGCUGAUCAGAGCUGUAAGGAAGAAUGCUGCUGCCACCAGCGCAGCAGACACACAAAUUGAUGCCCACGCCAUCCGCUGGUUUAAUUUGGCCACUGACCGUGGUGGUGGCCGAAGGGAGCGGGAACGGGCCAAAGAGGCAUUAACUGAGAUCAUUAACCUCAGCAAUGUGGAACCUUACAGACCACCUCGUCAUAAGAAAAGUCCUCCUCGACUUUCUGAACUCUGCAAAGGCUGCAGGGAGGUCAUUGCCAAAGUAAAAGAGCGUUACUCUCAAAACUGGAUGAAGCAGGGAAACAAUUACACAAAGUUCAGAUCUGAGCUGAGCAGCAAGUGUAAUGGUUUUGACAAGGCCAUCAUUACCCAGGCCAACACUCCAGUGGGAUCCAAGAUUGUGUACGAUGGAGAAAAGAAGAGGAGCCUCGAGGUGACCCCGGAGAUUUUCAGCACCUUUGCAAAGAGGCAUCCAUUUAAAAAUAAAACAUGGGACACGUGUGCUGUUGUUGGGAACGGAGGGAUCCUGACUGACAGCGACUGUGGAAAGAUGAUCGAUUCAGCUCAGUUUGUUUUCAGGUGUAACCUUCCUCCAUUGGAAGAUGGCUAUGAGAAAGAUGUGGGCACCAAGACUGACCUUGUGACAGCAAACCCAACAAUCUUUCAAAAGAAGUACGGGGCUCUAAUGGGACGUCGGCGUCCGUUUGUGGAGAGCCUGCGAAUCUAUGGUGACUCCCUGCUGCUCCUUCCUGCCUUCUCCUUUGGGUUCUGCACUCCUCUGUGCAUGAGGGCCCUCUAUGCCACUGAGGACUUUGAAAGCCCCAUUCGGCCCGUCUUCUUAAACCCUGAAUACCUCCAGAAACUGGCUGUCUUCUGGCGCUCCCAAGGCAUAAAAGCAGCAUGGCUCAGCACCGGCAUAAUGAUGACUAGCCUGGCACUGGAACUCUGUUCUAACGUGCAUCUGUACGGGUUCUGGCCCUUCAGUAAUCACCCACAUGGACUCUAUGCCCUGACUAACCACUACUACGAUGAUGUAAAAGCUAACAGAGGACUCCACACCAUGACAGCUGAGUUUGACCUCUUGCUGCAGCUGCACAGUCAGGGGGUGCUCAGGCUUCACCUGGAAGAUUGUCGGCCAGUUCCAGCUGACAUUGGGCGAGAGGCGGGUACACCCUCCUUAAAUCCGUCAACUGAGCUGCAUGUGACUGUGGGAGGAAGCUGGAUGACCAGUGACUGA